AUGAUCGACACUUGCCGAUACGACGUCUCCAAUUGUCCCGAAUUCUUUGACCCAGGAAGCACAUGCGAGGUUUCCUGUCGAGAGCCCUUCUACAUCGGCACCGGUGCAGCUUUGGCGACCUGCCCCAGCGACAACACAGACCCAGAGAAGCAAAUCGAGUUUCCUGCGGACUUGGUAUGCACGAAGGCUUGCCCCGAGCCAGAUCCUGUGCCUGCGGGCUACGAGAAGGUGAACGGCGAGUGGCCAUGUGCAGCCGGUUACCUCGGGUCUGCUAUCGCCGAAUGCUUCGUUGACUCGAUGUUCAGCAGCAGCACAAGAACAGUUGUCUGCGUGGUGAGCAGCUCAGUCACAUCCUACACAAAUCACCGCAUGGCUGUCCCGACGUAG